GUUUCAGAGCGGCGGACAGCGAAGCACACGGACACAGGGAGACAUCACGAGCAUCGUAAACCCAGCUUUUCUCUCGUGUUAUCCCCAAAAUCUCACUGACAGUUCAUCUAACCCGUGUCCCCUUCACGGCCGCGUUUUGCCACGCUGAUGAAGCAGACUCCAAUUCAUCACUGAGCGACUUGAAGACACAUAAGUGAAGCGAAACCAAGCGGGACUGACCAGGUGGACUUUCUUCUGCACCACGGCUGCUGUCUCUCUCGGGCCGGCGUCACAUUCACACAGACCAGCUUUCUGCGUGGUGUAGAGGAAAUCUUCCUUCCCACAGACUCACGCAUCUCUCUCUCCCCCUGUCUGUAGCUGACUCGUUUGUGCUGCGCUCGGGACCAUGGCGGAGUACAGCUCUCUGCUCAGUGAUCUGUCUGAAAAUAUCACCAAUGAGGACUUGGAGCAGCUCAAAUCUGCCUGCAAGGAGGACAUCCCCGAGGACCAGAGCAACAACAUCACCUCCUCCAAAGAGUGGUUCAGCUACCUGGAGAAGAAUGACAAGUUGGCUCAGGAUAACCUGUCAUACAUCGAACACAUCUUUGAGAUCUCUCGGCGACCGGACCUGCUGACAAGGGUGAUCGAGUAUCGUACCACAGUGCUCAAGAUUUCUGAGGAUGAUGAGAUCGACACCAAGCUCACACGCAUCCCCUCGGCCAAGAAAUACAAAGACAUCAUCCGCCAGCCAUCUGAAGAUGAGAUCAUCAAGCUGGCCCCACCCCCUAAAAAAGCGUGAGGUCAUGAAGUCCGGCCCUAAUCUUUGCACCUUGAUUUCUUCACUCCUGGCACACCAGUUAUCCAACCAACCAUUUUUGACCAACUCCAUCACAUCCUCCUUCACCCCAUCGCACACCCAACCUUG